AUAUGGUAGGGUCAAAGCACAAGAUCGGUUCAUAUUUAAAUGGACGUGAAACAGUUAAAACGAGCCGCAUCCAACAGUGGACCUAACAGCCUUCCUACAUCCUUCUGUUAAAUUUAAAUAAACCCCGUGGCCAUUUCAAACCAAGCUUACAGUGUAACUACUUGGAUUAGUUCGUAUUAUUACGAUUUUCUCCAAAUAGACCGAAGGCUCAAAAAUGAUUGCUGUUUCGGGACCAAGUUAUGAAGCUUUCUCUUACGGUGGCCAAGCCAGAUUCAAUAAUCAAACAGUGGUUGACAAAGUUCCACCUGAUAUGCUUCAUCUGAUUGACGCUAAUUGGUAUCAAUACCCGCCAUUAAAUCCUAUGUGGCAUGGAAUCCUUGGAUUCGUAAUAGGCAUGCUUGGCUUUGUCUCGGUUAUGGGAAAUGGAAUGGUCGUAUAUAUAUUUCUUUCAACAAAAAGUCUUCGCACGCCAAGCAAUUUGUUCGUAAUCAACCUUGCCAUCAGUGAUUUCCUCAUGAUGUUUUGCAUGUCUCCACCUAUGGUAAUCAAUUGUUAUUACGAGACAUGGGUACUAGGACCUCUUUUCUGUCAAAUCUACGCGAUGUUGGGCUCCUUGUUCGGAUGUGGCUCCAUUUGGACAAUGACGAUGAUCGCAUUCGACAGAUACAACGUAAUCGUGAAAGGUUUAUCCGGUAAACCGCUGUCCAUUAAUGGGGCUCUCAUUCGUAUAAUAGCUAUAUGGUUGUUCUCUCUCGGAUGGACUAUUGCACCUAUGUUUGGCUGGAAUCGAUAUGUACCUGAAGGUAAUAUGACCGCUUGCGGCACCGAUUACUUCAACAGAGGAUUAUUAUCUGCUUCUUACCUUGUCUGCUACGGCAUUUGGGUUUACUUCGUCCCUCUGUUCCUCAUCAUUUAUAGCUAUUGGUUUAUCAUUCAAGCGGUAGCUGCCCAUGAGAAGAAUAUGCGCGAGCAAGCAAAAAAGAUGAAUGUUGCUUCUCUCCGAUCGUCUGAGAAUCAAAACACUAGUGCCGAAUGUAAAUUGGCCAAAGUUGCUCUUAUGACAAUCUCUUUAUGGUUUAUGGCUUGGACUCCGUAUCUCGUCAUUAAUUUCUCGGGUAUAUUCAAUCUCGUUAAAAUCAGCCCACUUUUUACCAUCUGGGGUUCUCUCUUUGCCAAAGCCAACGCAGUUUACAAUCCGAUCGUUUAUGGAAUUAGUCAUCCGAAAUAUCGAGCUGCGCUGUUUGCGAAAUUCCCAUCAUUGGCGUGCGCUGCUGAACCAUCCUCAGACGCUGUAUCCACAACUUCCGGUACAACUACUGUUACGGAUAACGAAAAAUCUAAUGCGUAAAAUAAAAUAUACCACAAAUUUUCUUUUUCAAAACGCAAAAAAAAUUCAACAAUUCAAUGAAUAUAGAUCAAAAUAUAUUUGACUAAGAGUCGAAUAUCAAAUAAUUUAAUAAUUUAUUACAGACACGAUUUGUAAAUAAAUAAAAAAAAAACACACGUAUCUGAUAUAACAUUAAAAAAUCUUUUUUUCUAUGAAAAAAAUAUGUUCGAUUAUAAUUAAUAUAAUUUGAAAAUUAAGGCAAUUGAUCGCGUUCAAAAAUUGCAACCUAGCAAGGAGUAUAUAUCUAUAUUCGACAAGAAGAACAAUUUCAGUAUAUGAAAUUGUAUUACACGAUAAAAUAAAUAACAUUUUUAUCACCUGUGAUUGAAUAUAUGAUUCGCAUUUCACCACAAUGCAAAUCAUUAAUAUUUACGCAUAGGUAUGAUUUUGCGUAAUUAAUUUAUUGUGUAUCGAUAUGU